AUGCCUGACAAGGCCAAUCAUGGACCUGGUCGUGAAGUUGUGAGAGAGAUGGAGCUAGGGCAGGGCAGGCUCUUAACUCCACAGCUGACAUCGUCUAAUCAAGCUGGGAGUCUCACCUCUAAAUCUGUGUCGAGGAGAAUGGCCAGUCUCAUCUCUCCUUCACCAACCCCAUCACACACAAUGGAACCGCUGCCGACCUCGAGCAACCCCACGCCCGGCGAGGUCGCCAUCGCCAAACAUCUCCAAUCGCUCGUCUACUCCAUGGAAGACACAGUCAACGAGCGGAAAUUCUACCUCUCGACCGACGCCGAUGCCCCCAAGAAAUGCGCGCCUACCAUCUGGGACCUCUGCUCGCCGUUCUUUCAAGCUGAAUUCGAAUACUCCGCGAGAUGUGUUUUAGAUCUCGACGGGACCCUCCAACGGUACCGCGAGGUCGGCGAGGGCUAUCCUGAUUUUCGCAUCAAGAUCCUGGACGUUACGACUAAGGUGGACGAGUCGUGCGGGUGGGCGACGUCUUUUGCUAAUAUUGAGGCUUUUGGUGAGUUUCUGGCUCGAUUACUCUUCAUGACCGGACAAAGCUGA